UCUUCGCGCGGUAGUCUCGCGAUUUACCUCGCAAAGUCGCGGGGGUGGACGGGCGACCCGCUCCGGUUGCAACGUCAAUAUCUUCCGCACUGGCGGUGGCGUUUCAUUAUUCGAGAUAAGCCGGACUCUGAUUUCAUUAACCUAAAUCUUCGACGUGGGAGAGCACGGGGAACAACGUGAUGCGAGGAGCUUGUAAACAAUCACGAGCCGCGGUAAGAACCAAGACGGGAGGCUCGCGCGCGCGUUGCGCCCCGCGAUCGCGCGUUCGGACGAGCCAGACUCGCGGACGGAGACCGACGUCGAUCGGAAUACCGAUGGAUUAAUUACACGUGGAGUGAGCUCGGCGAAUCCAUCGUCGAGCGAAAUUACAGAUCGACUUGCGAAACGUCGUACCGUUAGAAGCAGAGGGUGGCGGGGAGGCGUUGUUCGAACGCGGCAGAAAUUCCGUUCGCGGGUGAAGCGGCACACGCGACUGCCACAGCCGACAACCGGUCGCCGCUUCGAAAAACAAGAGAGGAAAACGUGGCGAAGGUUAAGUUCACGAUCGAAGGGAGUGGAAAAAUACGGGAGCGCGAGCACUCGCCCGGCAGAAAAUACGAUUAUUGCGUGCACACGACAGAUGACCCGGCGAGCGGCGGAGUUUAUCAAUUGUUUUCAAACGAAUCCGGGGAUACCGAUACGUGGCAGUUCUUUGUUGCUUUUUAUCGUCUUCAGUGAAGGGGAGAGGCCGGUCGCGCUUUUACGACGGCGAUCUCUAGGUGGGCGUGCGUGCAAGCCGCGGAGUGGCGACGGAUUACUAUAGUGUAGACGGUGACUCGCGCGAAACGGAUCGCAAUCAAGCGGAUGUUAACGGUGAAAGAAGGAGAGAGAGAGAAGUUGGACCCAAAGUGGAGGACUGACGUCGUAUCUGUCGGGACGAAAGAAAGGAACCGUUGUCGGUCCACGAUAUCACCGUCACUCUCAUGGCAGAUCAUGAAAUCGUUCAGGCAAAAAGUAGUUGGCUCUGGGGAUGGUUUAGCUGGUCAGUGGCAUCUUCAACCAUGUUACGUACGGCGGAGAAGAAAAUCUUGUCAUGCCUGAAGACAGCUUACAGAGGAUGGUAUGUCGAUGUUGGACCAGUGGUAGGCACAGCAGACAAAAUAUGGACUAUUUCAUUGAACGAAGAGUCGUCUAAAACUCCGAUUGUUCUAUUGCAUGGUUUAGGAUCCGGAGUAGCAUUGUGGUGUUUAAAUUUGGAUGCGCUAGCAAUUCAUAGACCGGUAUAUGCCAUAGACUUACUAGGAUUUGGCAGAAGUAGUAGGCCCACUUUUAGCAAUGAAGCAGAGGAAGCUGAGAAACAGCUUGUACGUUCGGUAGAGGAAUGGAGAAGAGAGAUGCAAUUAGAGGAAUUUAUAUUACUGGGCCAUUCAAUGGGCGGCUUUCUUGCUGCAUCUUAUGCUAUGCAUCAUCCUCAAAGAGUUAAACACCUCAUACUGGCUGAUCCAUGGGGUUUCCCGGAAAAACCAUCCGAUGCUGCUGCAAGAAUGCACCUACCAUUCUGGGUAAAAGCUAUAGCAUUUGCGGUACAGCCUUUAAAUCCUCUGUGGGCAGUCAGACUCGCCGGACCAUUUGGACAAUGGCUCAUUGAAAAAACAAGACCGGAUAUAGUAAAGAAGUUCUCUCCCAUGUUGGACGAUACUAGUGUGAUUUCGCAAUAUAUACAUCAAUGCAACGCGCAAACACCGACCGGGGAAAGCGCAUUUCACGCUAUGAUGCAAGGUUUCGGGUGGGCCAAAAAUCCUAUCGUCAAACGAAUGCACAAAUUAAGCAAUGAUAUACCCAUAACUCUACUUUACGGCAGUAGAUCGUGGGUUGACAAUACAACCGGCGAAACGAUCAAGGAGACUCGACCAUCAUCGUAUGUUAACGUUCAAGUGAUUACUGGUGCUGGUCAUCAUGUUUAUGCGGAUAGAAGUGAGACCUUUAACAAAUAUGUAUCGGAAGCAUGUGCUCUAACCGAUUCGACACCUCAAUUAAGAUCGUCGAACGUACGUUCGUACCCGAAAGCCAUAAGCAAUCAGGAGAUAGAUGCAGUUCUCAACGAGGCGCUUGAAGCACGAAGACCAGGGGAACAAGAUCUAGAAACAUCUAGACCAAGAUCUAGUUGAAAUCUAGUGUGAGAUAUUUUUAUGAGACAGAAGGUUGUGAUUCUGUUGGUUGGUACAAAAGAAGUGACACACCUUACGUAUGUAUUAAAAUAUAGUCGAGGAUUCUGUGCGAUACAUUAAAUAUAUACUAAAUAGAUACGCGUUUUAAAUUCUGCGUUUAUAUCACAACGCAGUGUAAGAUGUAUAAUCUAGUAACAUACAAAUGACAGACGCUGAUUUUAUGUGAUAAUUGUGAUUAUAGAUUAAUAUACCAUAGGAUUACCAAGUUAUUUUGUUUCAAAUCUUGGAAACUAUAAUAUGAUAUAUUUCACUGCAAAUGCGCGAAAAGUAUUAGAGGAAUAGAAUGUGAUCUUGCCAUAAUUGAGACCUAUUGUUAUUCUUUAUAAUUGUCAUUUACUAUACAAUUAGCUAAUGUUAUAAAGAAAUUUAAAGAAAUCGGCGCUCUUAUUCUGCAACUUUCGACGUAUGCGUUACAAAUCUGCACAGACAAGAUAUAUUACAAAGUAGCUUCAACAACAAUACGUUAACGAUAACGAAAUUUUUGUUACAAGUUACAGAAUAAGGGAGCAAAAAUCAAGAGCUUUUACGAAGUGCAAAAUAAUCCUAUAAUGUGUAUAUAUAUAGUUUUAAUUUUAUUAAUACAAACUGAAUUCAGAAACUAGCGAUUUCAAUAUUUUUGUUAAUAGUUGGUUUUGUCAUACAAACCCGCGUGCGAACGCGCGCGCACACCAAUGCAAAAACUCAUGUAUAUUGUUUCUCUCAAUGUAAUUUACUAAUAAUUAUUUAUUAUACAUACGUGUGUGUGUGUAUAUAUAUGUAUAAAUAUAUAUAUAUAAAAUGA